AUGCACAAAAUCAAUCGUCAUUACGACAAGCAAACGGAACUGCACAGAAAAGAUUGCUGUCACCAUAAGGCAAUCAUCAGGCCGUAUCUAUCUAUCUAUCUAUCUAUCUAUGUUAGUCUGUUUCUAUCUAUCUAUCUAUCUAUCUAUCUAUCUAUCUAUCUAUCUAUCUAUGCUAGUCUGUUUCUAUCUAUCUAUCUAUCUAUCUAUCUAUCUAUCUAUCCAAAUCUCUCUCUCUCUCUCUCUCUCUUUAAGUCUAUACUAUUUGUCAUAAUCGGACACGUGUACAUAUGUAUAAACGCACACAUCUGUAAUCUAUCUAUCUAUCUAUCUAUCUAUCUAUCUAUCUAUCUAAUUGUAUUUGAUUCUCUCAGUCCAUAUAUAUAUAUAUAUAUAUAUACAAUAUCUAUACGUCUAUCUCAUUUCAUCUAUCUAUAUCUAUCUAUCUAUCUAUCUAUCUAUCUAUCUAUCUAUCUAUCUAUCUCAGUCUUUUCCUUAUCUAUCUAUUUAUCUAUCUACAGACAUAUAUAUAUUCUCGUGAAUGGGUUGAGACCAAAUUUGUUUGGUGUCAGACUAAAGAUAUCAGUAGUUAAGAAACUAAGUCCGUCACCAGAUGGGCCACUUAUAUGUUUAUUUUAG